AUGGGAACUCGGACACCGUGCUUUACCCCCGCUGAUGUUAGGAUCUCAGUAGGUGUAUCAGCGGUUCUUGGAGGGAGAUCUUUGACAGAUAGCCGAGUUGGUUGUAUUAACUGGCCAAAAUUUGCCGAUGAAAGAAAUGGGGGUAUUGGCCCGAGUAUGAGAUUCUCAUCAGGCUUGCUUCCCCUGAGAUCCUCUUUAAACAAUUCCCACAGCAGCAGCCAGUACCACAAGGACCCUUUCUUGAAUCUACACCCUGAGGUCUCUCUGCUUAGGGGUGAUGGGAAUGACGCAAUCAUUCCUCCUGGGAAGGAUAAUGUUGUGACAGAAAGUUCAAGGGAUACGACCAUCCCAAAUAACUAUAACGAAGCCAAAAUUAAAGUGAUCGGUGUCGGUGGUGGGGGUUCGAAUGCUGUUAACAGAAUGAUAGAGAGCUCCAUGAAGGGCGUGGAAUUUUGGAUUGUUAACACAGAUAUUCAAGCAAUGAGGAUGUCCCCUGUGUUUCCAGAGAAUCGCUUGCAGAUUGGUCAAGAGCUGACUAGAGGUCUCGGUGCUGGUGGGAACCCAGAUAUUGGUAUGAAUGCCGCGAAAGAAAGCAGAGAGACAAUUGAAGAGGCAGUGUAUGGUGCUGACAUGGUUUUCGUGACGGUAAUCUUUUCUCUUCUUUUGUUUGCCAAUACACAGUCCGGAUAACUAUUUAUGGCAACAUAUUUACAAAGUUGAACUUCUUAUGUCGCUUCUGUUCUGGGUGCUUUUUGUUUCUGCCUCGUUGGCUUAUGUCAAGCUACUAGUUAUAUUAUACUUUAUUGAGUUUUUUCUACACUCUGAUAAGUUUCUGAAAGAUAGUUAUAACGUGUUGUUUUUUCUAGCCUUUGAACUAACCUGAAACUGAAACCUUUCAUUGAACUUGCAUUUGCUUAAUUGCCUUCAACUACACUGAUGAUGCUUCAACGUCUGUUCAAAAUCACCUACUUUUGUUGCUUCAUGGAAAAAAAUAUGAUUUGACAAUGGAAGCGAUAUCUUUAGAUUCUUGACAAAGGAAUUGACUUAAAAAUUUACUGUCGAAACAACCAUGGAACCGUUGAAGAUGUGUGUGCUGCAGCCAAUACUUCAAAGCUUAUCUUGGGACGUUUGUCUGCCGGAAAACUGUUGUCAUCAAAAUGAAUUGUUCACCCCUUGUUAAAGUUUUCUACGCUGAAGCGAGUUGGGCCUGAGGUUUGUUCAUCACUUGUAUCUGUGAUGUGGUGCCUCAUCCUUUUCGUCAAUGAUUUUGCAAAAGUGAAUAAAAAAAUCUCUUUACUUGUUCAAGCCAUGCAUCCCACUAUAAAUAAAUGCGCCUGAAUGUAUGUGUAAAAUCAUCGUUUGUAAAUUAUUUCUAUAUAUUUAUUUUUUUAUUAAAUUAAAAAUCAUAGUUCUUUUUUUGUCUCUUUCUUUAUUCCAAUGAAACCUAACUGUGGGAAAUUCAAUUCGAAGCAUCAGCAACGUUACACGAAUUCAAUUUAUAUGAAUUGACAUUGCGAUUAUAGCUAUGAAUACAUUUUGUUUUUAUUAUCUCAUGUCACCCCAGUCAGAAUUUCAGCUGCCAUGCAAUUAGUUUUUGUAAGUUUGCUGAUUCCUGACCUGCAAUUUUAGUAAUCAACAUAUUAUCAUUUUUCCUCGUAUUUUAACAUUUCAACAAAAUGAAAUUUUUUCCAUCCUUACUAUUACCAAAAAAAAAAAAGAAAAAAAAAGAGAAGAAAACCUGGAUGACUUUUAAAUUUUGUUCUGGAAUAGGACAUUCUGCAGAAGAAUACGGCAAAAAAAGAAUCCAGCUUGAUAUCCAGUAUUUUAUUUUCCUUUUUUAUUAGAACUUAUGUUCAAAAUAGUCCAUUGGCUUUACUAGCCAUGAAAUUUGUUGUAUUCUUGUUUCGUCAAUUUAUUCCACAGCCUUCAUCCUUACACUACUUCUUCUGCUUAUAUCUUGAUGAUCUCGUUCCCAUUUUACUUUGUCUACUUCAUAUUUGUGGAGUUUUUCAUUCAUUUAAAAAUGAUGUAUAUUUCUUUGUCAGCAUAACUUUUUGAUGGGUUUGCUGAGUUCAUAAGUUUCUUUCGUACCCAGGCUGGAAUGGGCGGUGGAACGGGCACUGGUGGUGCUCCUGUUAUUGCAGGAGUUGCAAAGUCAAUGGGCAUCUUGACUGUUGGAAUUGUCACUACUCCAUUUUCAUUUGAGGGAAGAAGACGUGCUGUUCAAGCUCAGGAAGGAAUUGCAGCUUUGAGGAACAAUGUUGACACAUUGAUAGUGAUUCCAAAUGAUAAAUUACUGACUGCCGUUUCUCCUUCCACCCCUGUUACUGAAGCAUUUAAUUUGGCUGAUGACAUACUUAGACAAGGUGUUCGUGGUAUCUCUGAUAUAAUCACGGUGUGUAUUUUUUAAUGGUGGGCUAUGUGGCCAUAUAUAAAUAUAAUGUUAAACCUUAUUUUAGCAACAUAUCACUCACAUCAUGGCAUUUCCUUUUUCAUUUCGAAUUGGGUUUCUUCUAAUUACCAUCUUUGUUUCCGUUGAUCAGUUGAUCGUGGUUGAAGUAUUUAUUGAUCGGAUACUGGCUUUUUCAUGCAGAUUCCAGGCUUGGUCAAUGUCGAUUUUGCUGAUGUCCGAGCUAUUAUGGCUAAUGCAGGUUCCUCGUUGAUGGGAAUAGGAACUGCAACAGGUAACCGCAUAUAUAGGGCACAGAAACUUACCAUGCCUGCUGAGAUUUUGUUCUCUUCUGAUUCACAAGAGGAUAUCCGCAAACCCAGAGAGGAAAAAAUUUCAGCCUGAAGUCUGUCAGUUCGCAGUUUAUAAGGCCAUUCUUUUACUCUUGAAUGAAGGAACCGAACCCACGUCUUUUGAUCCCCCCCCCCCCCCCAAAAAAAAAAAACAAAAUGCCUGUAACAAUUCAAUAGUUGACCAGACUACCUACCGAAGGUCCCAGCUUUCCUCUCUGAGGGUCAACUGAGUGGGGGGGGGGGGGGGGCAUUGGGGCCCCGCCGACACAAGUCUCCAAUGUGUCUAUGCAAAAGCUUCUUCAGAUAGCAAGAACAUGACUACAAAUUAAUUGAACUCACAGUGUUCUCUUAGCCAACAAGUUAAAUUUGCUGAUGAAUGACCUUCCUUUUCUUUUCUUUUCUUUUUUCUCCUCGCCCCCUCCAAUUGCACCGUAUAUUGUCACAUUAGAGACUCUAGUUUCUGUUCACGAGGAAAAUAAUUAUAUGCCCAAUUUCUUUCUGUUUCGAAAAUGUAGCUCUUAAUUAGUUAUAUGGGUACUUUUUUUAUUUUAUAUUAGUUACAUUAUGAAAUAGUUAAUGGCCAGUUCCUGCUAGUCUGGAUCCAUGGAAAUGUCGGAAAAGCCCCAACUCCCCACAAUGGCAACCUUCUGUCAUUCUACAUCUGUUGUUAUGAGUUCUUUUGCAGGAAAGACGAGGGCAAGAGACGCUGCAUUGAAUGCCAUUCAGUCCCCUUUGCUUGAUAUCGGUAUUGAAAGGGCCACCGGUAUCGUGUGGAACAUCACGGGAGGAAGUGAUUUGACUUUGUACGAGGUAGACUCGCCCGCUGCCUCUCUCACCGUGCAUGGCAGCAUUGACUUGCUUCUCUGUCCUUUUCCUCCUACUCGCCCAAUGGACGGCGGAGCCCACUGGAGCAAGUAGUGUGGCGUCGUUGAUCUCUGCAUCCCUUUAUUUAUUUAUUAUUAUUAUUUGGUCAACGACGCCACACCACUUGUGGACCGGUCCGAGUUCGUUCAUAUCAUCAUAUUCCUUCUAUCCGAGCAUUUCUCUUUGAUCGGCGGCGCCUAUGCUGCAUGCUCUCGACCCGGUUUCUAACGUUGUUUUCUUUCUUUUUUUGGUAAUUACCAAUUAAGGUGAACGCCGCAGCAGAAGUCAUCUAUGAUCUGGUAGAUCCAAGCGCAAACUUGAUAUUUGGGGCAGUAAUAGAUCAGUCGCUGAGCGGCCAAGUAAGUCAACCCCCCCACCCCUCUCUCUCUCUCUCUCUCUCUCUCUCUCUCUCUCUCUCAGAUGGCCCGCUAGAUCCCCAUUUAUACUGCAUAGUUUUCAUUUAUCUUGCUUCCGUUCUGGGUGAUGAUAAUAUCUACGUAAAUCGGAUUAAUCCUAAGAUUAUUUGAGUGUUAGGAGCAGACUAUGCUCGUGCACAUAAUCCCCAAUAUUUGGGGUUUUUUUUUUUUUUUUUCUGGGAGCCCGGGGGGGGGAUGUACGUUGCCGGGGGGGGGGGAUCAUAUAGUGGGUAUUUGUGUAUGCUGGUUAGAUAGAUUAAUCCUAAAGAAUCUCUGGCAUCUACUCAGGUGAGCAUCACUCUCAUUGCCACCGGCUUCAAGCGACAAGAUGAACCGGAGGGCAGGCCCUUGCAGGUGCGGCAGCCCUCUCUCUCUCUCUCUCUCUCUAGCUGUUAUUGCAUGACAUGAUUGUGGGGCAGACAAGGUCCAAUCUUUGCGCGAAAUUCUUUGUGCAGGGAGCUCAGUCAGGCCAUGGGGAAGGCCUGGGGGGUGGGCGGCGCCCGGCCUCAGCGCUGGUGGACGGCGGCGGCAGUGGCAGCGGCGGUGGCUCGGUGGAGAUCCCGGAGUUCCUGAAGAAGAAGGGGCGGUCUCGGUUCUCAAAGUUCUUGUAA